AUGGGCAGCAGGCCAAGUAAGGGACGGCGUAGCAGCCUCCCUCGCUCAAUCCUGCUGGAUCACAAUGAAUCCCCGGAGCCUCACAACAUGGAUGGUAGGUACGUGGUGGUUUCUCUGUAUAACUACCCCUCAGGAGGUCCUGCAGAAUGCAGUAUUAGAGUUGGGGAAAGACUCAACGUGCUGUCUGAUGAAGGGGAGUGGUGGAAAGUGAGCUCCUCUGCCACAGGACAAGAGAGCUAUAUGCCCAGCAGCUACACUGCCAAAGUCUCUAACAGGUGGCUGUUCGUAGGUCUCAGCCGAGAGAAAGCUGAAGAGCUGUUACUUCUUCCUCAUAACCAGCCAGGUUCCUUCCUAAUCAGAGAGAGUGAAACCAAACCUGGUUCUCAUUCACUCUCAGUGCGCAAGAACAAUAGAGUGGACCGUCACUCCAUUAAACACUACCGCAUUCACCGCUUAGACAACGGCUGGCUUUUUAUCUCUCCCCGGCUCACCUUCUCCACUCUUGGUCAGCUUGUUGAGUACUACUCAGAAGCGUCUGAUGGUUUGUGCUGUUUGCUGGGAGAUCCCUGCUACAUCCAAGGCUCCAACAAUGUUCCGGUUGUGAACUGCCCUCCUCCUGUAUCAGUCAAAAAACCCACUAUCAAUUGGAAAGAUGUCAGAGGCUCGAUGAUCUUUGGAACUAAGAAGGAGGGUGUGGAGGAGUCACCUAUCAGCGAGGGGCUGAAGGAGUCCAUUAAUUCCUACCUGUCCAUGACUGAGGCUUGUGAAGACUGUAGCAAAAGCUGGGAAACAUAACCUGGAUGGACGCUUGUAACAAAUGAGAGGAACGAAUAAGACGGGACAAAUAUCAGGUGCUUAUUGUACUGUCUUGGCAGUCUGUAAAGCACGCCUGAGCUGUCCAGUCAACACUUGGACACUGAGUUUCGCUCCAAAGCGAACCAUGAGGUGAAUAAUAAUAAUAAUGUGAAAUGUAAUUGCUGUAUGGACACUGCACUGCGAUGGACUGGCGCCCAUCCAGGGUGUUACUGUGUGUCUUGCGCCCAUUGAAAAGCUCCCCGACCCUAAUUGGAUAAGGGGUAAAGAAAGUGAGUGAGUGAGUGUAUGGACAAAGACACUGUAGGAUCCUACAAAGGAGUUCAGCAGUUGUGCACUCUUCUUCCAGUGUGGGUGAUGGAGGUGUCUGCAUCACAAAUUUCAGUUUCAACCAGUUUCUGGAGGAUGUGAAUGAAAAAUAAAAACAAACACUGAGAGAAAGAAAGAGAGAGAGUGGUGCACGUGGGAGAUGGAAAGCAGGGUGAGCACCGUUUGCGCUGCUCUAACACUUUCGGGAACUUUCCUAUUAGUUGCACCUAAGCUGUCAUGAACCACAGAGGUAAAACCAACAUGAGUAAUAUGAAGAUUUUAACUCAAUGAUUUUAGAGACUGAGCCAAA